GGUGGAGGGAGUGGUGGUCGCGGACGCAGCCACGGGAUUGGUAGAGUUGAGCGCCAAACUUGUUGACUCAUUCCUGAGCCGCCUUCCUCCACGGCGCGGAGCUGUCCACGCUCAGUGGUGCUGGACUCUGCUGUUGACUUCUCCCUCGGAUCUCCGCCGCCGCUCUCUCCAGGAGCGCACCAAGCAGAGGCGCUACUAUGGCUUUCAUGGUCAAACACGUGGUGGGGGGUCAGCUGAAGAACCUGACGGGGGGCCUGACCGAGGAGAAACCCGAAGGGGAGAAGUCAGAAGCGGCGGCGCAGGGCAUGACCCAGGAGGAAUUCGAGCAGUACCAGCAACAGCUAGAGGAGGAAAAGCAGGAGCGAGAGGCCAAUUUUGCCCAGAAGAAAGCAGAGAGAGCCACAGUGAGGAGCCACUUUCGGGAAAAGUACAGAUUACCAAAGAACGAGCUGGACGAGACACAGAUACAGCAGGCGGGCGACGACGUGGUCCUCCCCACGGAGCUGGCCAAGAUGAUCGCCGAGGACAACCAGGAGGAGGCGCACAAGCAGUCGGUCCUGGGGCAGCUGUCCAACCUGCAGAACGUGGACAUCGACCAGCUGAAGGACAAGGCGCAGGCCACGCUGGAAGACCUGAAAAAGCAGACAGAGAACUGCAGCCUCAUGUGAUGGGCUGGAGCCCCACCAGAUCCAGAUCCACCUGUUCUGGAGAAGACGAGCUGCUCUGAAGCAGGAAGUUAUCACGUGGCUAAUUUGACAUGGGCUCAUCAUCCCUUUGUGGGAAAACAAGCAGCGCCAUCUGCUCAUUACCGAUCAAUUCAUCAACCAGCUGUCGCUGCACUAGAAAAUUGUAUUCUUCACAACUUCCUGUUUCUUCAGUGCAGCUCCACAUCCCCGUCCCUCCCCACCCACCUCCCCCGAACCUCCAUGGAAACAUGACCCUGCUGCACAGAUUUCACUGAUGAGCUUCCUCAGCUGAAACUGAUCAGAGAAAUAUCGCAAGCAAAACUGUCGGCAUGUUACGUUGAAUUUGGGAAAUGUCAUUUUCUGGCGAGUGGAAGCAAUGUUUUACAUUUGCAGAGUGGAAGCACAAAACUCAGUACCACUUUACUUUAUGAGUCUGAAGGUUAGCAGUUCAAAACGUUGACUCACCUUGAAGCGCCAUCUGCCACUCGCACUCGUAACGUGGACAGGAACCGUUCAGUCAAGCGUGUGUUCGAUGCUGCUUCAUUUAGAAUUUGUGAGAGAUACUGCCACUAGCUCAGACAGUAGCAUUGCUAGCUCCCCUGCUAAUUCAAUACCAAAUCUAUGAUGAAAAAAAAACAUGUAAAUAAUCCAAAGUGAUGAUUGCGAGCAACAAUUUAGAGUGGAAAAUGGCAUUAUAUCAUAAUGUGUUUUCCGUUGUUAAGCUAGCAGAUAGCUUUGAAAAUGCUAGCAAGUAAAGCUCAAACAGUGUUGAGUCUUACAUGCUGGGCAGGAUGACACAAAGAUAUUUAAUAGUCGGGGUAAAAUUUAAAAAUUAAAAUUUGAUCAUAAUUUUAUGACUUGAAAGCUAUUCAGUUUUUCGGUCCAGAAAAGGGGGCUUCUGAACAAACGCUCGUUCAGCUUACAUGCAUAUGAGCAGAGCUGUGGCAGCUCUUUGUCGUAAGUAGCUUACCAACGCUCGCCCCCUCGGUCGCGAUUGAUGCUAAACUCUUCCCACACAUAUCAAGGUCACGGACUUUUAGCCUUUUCUGUAUUGCAGUGUGCCUUGGACGUCCAAACAAGGUUGUCUUUUCUCGUGCUACCAACACCUGUAAGCUACUUUAAACAAAGACACUUCUUUUUGCUUCUGAUGAAGCACCAUAGUUAGCUGCAUUCCCAAAUUGAACUUAGCAUCACUACACCACAACCGAACUGAAGAAGAAAUGUUACCGCUCCAGUACGCCAAAGCCUUUCUUGGAAACACUUAUAGAAGAUGGCACAAUUAUGUCAAACUGUGUAACCGCUGUGUGUGCAAGUCUAUGUAGAAGCUAACUAAUAUUUCGGUUGUGUACGAUGUAAACGUAUCUGCUGCCAGGCUCCAGCGGCCGCGCUGUCGUCCCCUCCUCAGUGUGUCGACUUCUGUAGUGCAGUUUUCGUGCUGGUGGACCGUGAUAAGUGGUGUCUUUCGUAACCAUUGAUAGGUGGUGACUAGCUUUGGGAUCUAUGUUGUUCUAGCACAGACUGAAGAGGGACACUUAGGAGCCAAUGCUGUUGAUGUUGUGUAACCUUCAUAUACGCUACAUUUAACCUGUUUGUUUUCAUGUAGCUGUGGGAAUGAUGUUUGCUUUGACCCCACAUUUGUGAUCAUGUCUGACAGUAACAUCCAACUGUCAAACUUUUCCUGUCUUUCCAGAGUACAAAAAUAUAUAAGAGCACAUCCGAGCAGUGGUAGUCAAGACAGCGUAUUCAAAAUAUUAUAGUAAGACAUGGAAGAGGAACUAUAGCAAUAAAUUAGCUUGUUGCAUCCGUCACGUUUGAUCAGGAGACAAUACUAAAAGAGGGAAGUGAAGCCAUAGAGCAAAAGUAUUUGCUUGUCUGUGUGCGUUAUUUUGUCCUUCAAUAGAUCAAACUGUUUGACUCGUGAUAUUUUGUGUUGUCCUUGCGUGGAGUCGGUUUUUCUUUCUUUCUUACAGAAUAUAUACAUAUGUUUCGUUCUGUUUCUGAAUGUCUCUCAGUGAUUUUGAAGUUUUAACUGCAAUAAAAAAAAACAUAUUUUUAGGAAA